AUGCCAUAUUAUGCAGUAGCUAAAGGUAUAAAACCAGGCAUCUAUACAAGCUGGAACGUAUGUAAACAAAACGUUAGUGGUUAUAAAGGUGCAGUUUUCAAGAAAUUUGUAUCUGUUAAACAGGCCCAGCAGUUCAUUGAAAGCAAUUCAUCUACGACACCGUCACCGCAAACAGCACGAUCCCCAUAUGGAUCGAAGCUUUCCAAUUCAUCCAAUUAUACAGGAACAAUCCGGACUAGUAGCGCUAGAAAUGAUUUUCAAAAUAUAAAGCUUGAGUAUCACGAAUCGGUGCCUCAUUUGAAGGUUUCACUAGGAGCAGAAUAUCACAGUCGAACGGCAAAGUUUACUAGCCAGAGCAAUAAAGUAGAAGAUUCUGAUAUUAAGAUUCAGAAAAUUUAUGUUGAUGGAGCUUCGCGAGGUAACGGGAAGAUAAGAAUGCCUAUAUCUGGGUAUGGUGUUUUCUACGGUGCCAAUGAUGAGAGAAAUGGUGCUAUAUCACUCAAUCAGAUAGACGACGUAAACACCAAUAAACCAACAAACCAAAGGGCAGAAUUAUUUGCUAUUAAACACGCCCUAAUUGAUAUUGCUAAUGAGAUAAUCGAGUGUAAUGAAAAGAUUAGCACGAAGUAUGAGAUUUAUUCUGAUUCCCAAUACGCUCAAUCUUGUAUAACCAAAUGGUGCGAUGAAUGGAUGAAAAACAACUGGAAAACUUCACAGGGUAAACCUGUAAGUAAUAAGGACAUUAUAUCUAGCGUUAUACCUAUUCUAAACUACAUUAAUCAGUAUUACAACAAGCAUCAUUUUGGAGACUUACAGUUUUUCCAUGUUAGAGGCCAUAAAGGUGAUUAUGGCAAUGAAAUGGCAGAUAGACUAGCUAAUAUAGGUGCUGAUAAUAUGGAAAAGGAAUUAAAUGCCGAAUAA